AUUCUCCAGGAGGGACGGGGAUGAGGAUGCGGAAGGAGGGGACAGUGACAGGCCCGCGAAGGAGAAGGGUAAGCGGGACGCGGAGGGCAGGCAGGCCCAGAGGAGUUAACGGAAAGGAGUUAACGAAAAGAAGGAAGAGAAAGCCUCGGACGUGCGCGAACGGGGAAGGGACGGAGAGCCAGGACAGAGGGGGACCGAACCCCGCCCUCAGGCUCCGGGCCUCCAGCCCUGGGUCCGGGAGCGCGCCGAGCUUCCGGGGGAUCCGCGCGGCGCGGGGGCGGCGGGCGGGGCGAGGCUCUCCGGGUCCCACCUCCAGCCUCUCCGCCCGGCCCGCGUUCUUCUCGGCGACUCCGGGUUGCCGGCGGCGCCCGAUGCUGCCUCCCUCCGGCGUCCUGCGCGGAGCGGACGCAUCCUUCGUCCUCCGAGUGGCCAUGGCCUUUAAACUUCCCAGUCCUCGGCUGGGAGAGGGGUGUGCCAAGUUUUCAGCUGUGAGGUUCCCUUGCUCCUCUACCCCCGCCUCCCCUAAAGGCCUCCAAGGUGUCAAGCCUCUGGACACUGGAUGCGGCAACUCUCCCCUCUCCCCCCUCCAUACACAUGCCCCGGGCGAAGGAGUCGCGAGGCCACCUCCCCAGGCCAUCCCUUUUGUGAAUGACAGCAUCAGCGGAUUUUAAAAAAGAGGAUUGGGGAGAAGAAAAGAGAUGGAAGAAGAGGAGAGGAGAAAAAAGGAAAUUGAAGCAGAGAAGUAACAUAUAAUAAUCCUAGGCUUAAGCUAGAUUUAUUUUGGGGAAAGAUGAUUGUUCCUGAAAUGUUCUAAUUUCUUGUGUAUCUAGCUAUCCACUGCUGAUUGUAAGGAUUGCAAUCGUCAAUGACAGAUUUGCUUGCUUGGUUCUUUCUCUGAUGAAUCCAUUUAAUUCUGUGGCCACUGUGCCUUUCAUAGGAAGAGCUGCCUCACAGUCACAUGAGAAUAGAUCAAUUUUUGUUUGGCUCAUACACAUCUUCUCAAAAUGAAUUAAGUAGAGUAAGUAGAAGAACUUUAAUAGGAUUGGAAGAUCAAAGAUGGUGAGAAGAUUUAAGUAUAUCGUCAGUACAUCAAGAAUAAUAAAAUUAAACGUGUCUGAAAACAGAUGAUUCUAAGCAAUUUUGAUAGAGAUAGUCUCUUCCUCUCAAGUAACUUAAAAACCCUAAUUGGAUGAGCUGAUUUGAACAGUCAUCCCAGCCCCAGUGAAAUAAAUGUAUGGAAAGUAUAUAAAAAAUCCUUGUGCCUAUUUUGUUAUAUUGAAGUUCUCUUCAUGUGUCGUGUAUUCUCCAGCCAUCUUUCAAGAUCUACUACCGCUAAGAAGUCUUUGUGCGUUUCUCUGAUUGCUGGGGUUCGCUCUAAAGCUCCUACAGAAGUUCUCCUCUGCAUCUCAAGAUUAGAUUUGGAAUCAUGUGCUGUCUUGUACUACUGGGUUUUUUUUCCCUUUUGCAUUUACUUUCCUUUCUCACGUAGGUGGAAGGAAAGGCACAUGGCAAAUUCCAGCGUUACUAGGGAAAUGCUGACUGGAGGCCCUCCAGUGACGUUACAGGGUAAUCUAAUUUUGCAUUCUUCGAAUUCAGUGUAUUGUGAUCUUCAGCUUCUCACUUCCAAGAAUUCAGUCCCAGAAAUGAUGAUCGAUUAGGACAUUUAUUGUGUUUUCCUAACACUUGAGUUAUCUCAAUGUUAAAUGGAGGCAAUCUGGACAAAGCAGAAGCUCACAGUCCCAACUACUUGUAAGGGAAUGAAGACAACUUCGUUCACCAGAAUUUCUCCUAAGUGGAGCCCCAUAUGUGUUUCAAAGAAAUGAAUAAUACGUGGAAGGGAUGGUGAGCGGCAAGAAAAUACUCAAGUGGAGAAAGAUGGCACCUAAAUUGCCUUCUCAAGGACACCACAGCUCCAGGAGAAUGUUUGGCUUUGACUGAGCACCUUGAAUGGUUGAGAGUUGAAAAACUGGGAGUCAGAGUCAAGGCAGAUCUAAGUUGUACUGGGCUGCUGUAUCAUACAACUUCAGGUGCUUCCACUGGCAUCUGAGCUAGGAGCUGACUGUGGAGAAGAGGAGUGUCUAAGGGAGAUUUUGUUUUUCACAUAAAUGCAAUAUCAGUUCUCCUCUUUAUUCUCCUCCCAAACACCAUCAGUAAGUGUCAUCAUGUUUGAUAAUGCUUUUAUGACAAUGGAUUGUUUUGGGGGGUGGGAUAUUAUAGAGGGGCUGAGUUAUAAAUCUGAGUGGUCAUUGGUGAAACCGAAUAUUUCUCUGCAGCUUGUAAACUAAAAGAGGAGAGGACAUUUAGGUUACACAUGAUUAUGGG